AUGUCUGGAGCAGAGGAAGUAGACCUUGUAAACAGAGAUCCCAACAACCUUAAUGCUCAUCUCGGGACCCUCCAUUUCAACGAUGUGAUUGGAGAACCAGAUGGGACACACAGUAUUGACUGUGCCUACAAGCUUUCACACACCUGCUUUAACUUGUGGAAAGGCUGCCUCUACAAGCUCCUGACAUUUUACCUUGGAUGCUUCAUAGCCGCGGAGUGGGGCUGUGAGUUUGCCAUUAUCUCCUUCUCCCAUGUGUGGUUCAUCAGUCCAUGCUUGAAGAUUUGCGAAAUCAACUGUGGACUUUGUCAGAGGUUGUACGCCAACUGUAUGAAUUGCUGCUUCGUGCCCUACUGUGAGGCUGUUGGUUCUGUGUUCCAUCACUUUAAAAGAACAUAAUGAACUUU